AAAAUGUUUCGUCCAUUCAGUCGUUUAUACACAUCAGGAUCAUUACUUAACAAAUUCAUUAUCAAUGCUGCUGUAGGACGUCGGUAUUAUUCUUCUUCACCAUGUCAUUAUGGAAUAUGUAUAGAUAUCGAUGGCGUUCUUAUAAAAGGAACAAAGGCCGUACCUGAAACCAAAAGUGCACUUCGAUUUUUGGACGGCGAAAAUAAAUUAAAAAAAAAGAUUCCUUUCAUCUUAUUAACUAACGGCGGUGGUGUGACAGAAAUACAAAAAGCCGAGGAAUUGAGUGAAAUAUUAAACUUUCCAAUCAAACCAUCACAACUAACACUGGCUCAUUCCCCAAUGCGUCAACUUGUACCUAUGUUUAAAGACUCUGAGGUAUUGAUAAUUGGUGGAGCGGGUGAUAAUUGCAGAAUUGUUGCUGAAAGUUAUGGUUUUAACCGAGUUGUAAUUCCAAAUGAUGUAUUAGCCUGGAAACCAUGUAUUUGGCCAUUUACCAAGCUUAGUGAAAAUGAUUUGAAACUUACAAGGAAAUUGGAUUUUUCCAAUGUUAAAAUUGAAGCUAUCAUGAUGUUUCAUGAUAGUCGUGACUGGGGUAGAGAUUCACAAAUAAUAUUAGAUGUCCUACGAAGUAAAGAUGGUUAUUUCGAAACUUCUGCCAGUCCCCAAGAACUUUCGACGCGUAACUUUCCUUUAUUUUUUUCUAAUCCUGAUAUUAUUUGGUCAAAUGAUUGUCUCAUCCCAAGAAUGGCUCAAGGCUCUUUUAGGUUGUGUUUAGAACAUUUGUAUAAG